UCAGUCUCAGUAGGCACUUGUGACGAGCCAGUCCCGGUCUCAUACCGCGAGUGCACCCUGCCAACUUCGCCCGCGACACAAAAGUUUAAUCUCACUUUCCGACCGAAACCUGUUCUGAACUUGAAUAUUAUAAACACACAACAAAUUAAAUCUCGUUUCUAUCGUGCACUGUGACAGCAUUUAUGUGCGUUGUGAACUAACAAAAACUUUUAAAAAGUUCGUUUUCGUCAAAGCUGCGGUGAUGCUUGACCGAAGCUCUCAAUAAACCGGUCGUGGUCGCCGGGUAUUUUACUACGAGCUGGCAUAGAAUGAGUUCCGAUGUUUAAGCGCGCGAAGAACACUCGAUACAUCCGAGUUGUGUUCAAGGCGCGCUCCUGGAAGCGCCUGCCCAUGAAGAUAUUCAAGUGGAGCCGGAGCAUGCCCUCCUCCCACCAGUAUGAUCUGGUGCCCAACGAUGACUUUGACACGAAGAUCCCUUUACACUCCGAGGAGGCCUUCGACUACGGGAUCACGUUCCACGCAAAGUACAUCGGGACGAUGGACGUACCGCGUCCAACCAGCCGGGUGGAGAUCGUGGCAGCGAUGCGCCGAGUGCGGUAUGAGUUCAAGGCAAGGGGGGUGAAGAAGCGCAAGGUCAUCGUGGACGUGUCCACCGAGGGCGUCCGCGUCACCAGCCGCGCCGCGGUCACCAAGGGAAAGGGCUCCAAGCUGUUCGGUCGGAAGAGCAACUCGUGCACCGAGUCAAUCGAGAUAAUGCAUCAUCCAAUAUACCGCAUCUUCUACGUGUCGCAUGACAGCUCUGACUUGAAGAUAUUUUCGUACAUCGCACGUGAUGGCGCCACCAACGUUUUUAAAUGCAACGUCUUCAAAAGCAAGAAAAAGAGCCAGGCGAUGCGCAUCGUGCGGACGGUGGGCCAGGCGUUUGACGUUUGUCACAAGAUACAAGACAACUCCCCUGAACAUCCUGUGGCGUCCACAUCGAGCGCUGGCGACGAGCACGCGGCCGCCACCACUACCAAAGCUCCAGUCUCGGAGUGCAGUGCUUCUGACACGGGUGGACCGUCCAGCUCAAAGGCGACCGAGGAGAUCACAGUAGCAAUUAAACCAAAGCUGAGCGUAGAGCUGCCACCGCCAAAGAAAGAUGAAAAGCGACGUAUCUCCCAAGCAGUCCCGAGCAUAAAUUUGCCUGAUCUGCCGGAGUGCGUGAUCAAGAUGGAGAAGUGUCCGUCGCCGGUCCCCGAGGGCGCCGGGCUCGGGCCGCUGAGUGCCCAGCAUCAACUGCAGCUGUUGAAGGAGAGGCUGGAGCAGCAGGCGCAGCAGACGCAGGCUGCCGUAGCACAGCUCCAGCUGCUGAGGGACCAGCUGGCCGCAGAACAGGCCGCACGCUGCGAAGCACAGUCUCGCACACAUCAACUGAUAACUCACAACAAGGAGCUGCUAGAACAUAUCGCGGCGCUAGUGUCGCACUUGCAAGAUCGGGAGAAAGUCUCUCCUCAACCAAUCAGCGCUCAACAACUCACUCUUCUGCCCCAGCUGUCUUCAUCUGCGAAGAUAGACCGCUGGUUCUCCCUGUUGCCAGCGGGUACAGCCACGCUGUCCCGGCCUGAAAGCGGCUUCAUAUCGGGCGUAGAAGACUCCGACACAGCACUUGCCGAAGCCAGGAGUCUUUUGUUGCAGCUAAGUGUUAAAAGAAAGCGGCGCCUGUUUCCGCGGUUCACACGCCGGAAGAUAUUGGCCAAUAAGCACACUCUUCUUCAAUGAACUUUUGUAAUGGUGUUCACAUUUUUGUGAAUCAUCUCUUUAUACUUGUCGUAUGCUGUGGACAUUUUCAUCAAAUCGUAAACAUUUCAUUUCUUCAUACUUGUUAAAAAGAAAGACAAAAAAUAUAUCAAAUCCUUUUAAUAUAGCAAAACAAUCCAUACUUGAUUAUAAUUAUUUAAUUAUAUUUUUAAUUUCAGUUAUUAAUAAUUUUAGAAGCAUUUUCGUAAGAUAAUAUUUAUUUGAGUACAUGAUUUAUGGUUAUAUUAUAACUUAACAUAUAUAACACCAAGCGAUUGGACUGCAUCUUAGUGAUUUCAACCCCAGAAAGUUUUACGAAUUUUCUGUUACAAUAAACCUUAAUUGUGCGCAUCAACCUUGCCAGCCAUAUAACAAUAUUGGAGAGAUUGGAAGCACUUCAUUUCAUCCAACGUAAUUUGGAGAGAUUAAAAGCCCUUGUCAAGACUGGCAGGAUAAUAAAGUGUGCUACGCCCUUAAUAAAUGCCUUCCUUUAAUGCGAUAUUAAAUAUUAAUCGAAAAUUACGUUCAUGAAAAUGUCUGCAACAUCAUUUGGAUUUUCAUAAUCUAAUUAAAGUUAGUGCAAUUUUCAUAACGACAUUUGUGUAAGUUACGAUAACUGAUUAAAAAGUAUUAUUUUAUGAUAAUGAUUAAUUAUAAUACAAAAAUUAUGACUAGGUAUUUUAAUGGACGUUUUCAAUAACCUAUCUAUCCUAAUAACCCAUCGACAUAAAACAUUGGACUAUGUGACAUAACUAUGGAUAGAUAGGAUCUUGUCAUUAACGGCCAUUCCCAAUAUUCAGUAUUUCUCCGGUUGUGGCCUACUUGCGAUAAAAAUCGUAACUAUCGUUGACUUUUCUGUCCCAAUAAACUUAUCGACGGUAACUCAUCUUAUCCGUACACGCUGUCUGUCAAUAGGACGACGUAUAGCUUACCAGCGAAAGAAAUUUGUAUGGAAAUUGCAAUUCACGCGUCCCAAUAUAAGGCUUUAAUAAUGACUUAUUGGGUAUAUUGGGACAGCUUCAGAUUAUUGACAGUAGAAGGUAGUAAUUUAUCUCUAUCUGUAGACAGUACGUUGGGAACGGCCGUAAAUGGUCACUGCAAUGUAUCCGUAACUAGAGAUAAGUAAUCGAAAACGGCCGUAAAUGAUCAACAGCUUGAUGAAUUAAGUAUGUGACAAGACAUUAGCGGUCGCGGCUGGCGUCUGUACACAUUAUCGAGGCUUAUUGUCGUUUAUUUUAGUAUUUAGAACUCACUUUGUCGCUGUAUUACAAUAAUAUUUUCCAUCGAAGAAAUUUUAAAUAAGUACAUUCAUGUAAGAUACUAUAAGUUAUAUAAAUUAAUAGAUAUUGCUAUGAAACUGUACCUACCUGCUAUUAUAUUUAGUUCUCGGCAUACAGCGACCAAAUAUACUUUAGUACUGCAUUCUUAUGUAAUAAUGGUCUACUUAAUACUAAUUAAGUGGUGUCGUUAGAAAGGAUUUAGUAUCAUUUUACUUUGUGUGUAUUUGAUAACUUACUUUGUCAAGGACUUUACACUUCUAGUUCUAAGUUCAAAAUGAAAUUAGUUUAAAUAACAGUAAUACGUGCACUAAUUUUUUUUUACGUCCACUUUUUUUUUGGUUGUCAAUGUGUGUGAUUCACGUAAAGAGGUACGUCCUUGUGACUAGUGAUUUCAUUUGUUAUUUUCAUACAUUAACGGCCUUCACUGCAUGUACUUAACACUUAACGUGAUAAAUAUUCAAAAUUACUACAUGAUACAGUUACGUUUUAUUGUAACCAGCAGAUUGUUUCUAAUAAGGAGUACAACUGCAUUCUCACGAUAUUGACGCAUUGUAUACUUAGUUUAACCAACCAACAAUCUUAUGAGUAGUUAGUAGGUAUUGUGAAUCCACAGUAUAUUAUACUAAAAUUAUUUAGUUGUAAUCUGGUGCAUUUACUAUAGAAAUAACCGGUUACGGGAAUCUUUGUAUGCAGUCAGAACAUUUGUACUGAAUUGUAAUGAAGAUACGGUUGUUUGCGCGAUCAGAUGUGGUGAUGAGCCUCCGACGGAUGUGUGUGUAGACACAGUCACAGUGCCAUAAUAUUUUAAUGAUUAAUAUAUUCACGAUUAUUUUUCUGUACCCUUUAUGUACCGCGGGGCAAAUGGCACGAUCGUCAUAGAACACCACGGUGCCUUAAGGCACAGCGAUGAAAUCCACAUUACCUCAUUCGAUAUCUCGAUUUUCGUCAUUUCCACUGUCUGUUUUUUAUUAUUUAUUUAUUUUGGAAUAUGUUGAAAUAUUUUUACUUUACUUGGAAAACUAUCGCAAAAUAUAUUUCAGUAUUUAUCUUGUCCAAAUAUAGCAUAGUUGCAUUUUAAAACAUACACAAGCAAUCUUGCACUUCAAGGUGGAUCAAAGUCAAGUGAUUUUUCUUAGUUUUUCGGAAUGAAUGUCUCAAAUGAUUACUAUGAAUGCUUGUAUAUUUUACUUUUUUAUUAGAACGAGCAUAUAAAGAUGAUCAUAAAACCAAACACUAAUAAAUAAAAACCAAUUUUUUUCAUUGAAAAUACUUACUUACAUUUAUUCUAAAAUAUAAUGGUUUUUCAACUUUGCGUCGUGUGUGUGAAAUAAAAUAAGACACAAUAUGAAUAAUUUAUGCAUGGUCUUAUAGUUUGUUUCGAUAACAUUCAGAUACAUUCAUUGAUGUUAUCCUAACUACAAGUAUUCUUUUGCUAUACGUAAAAUAAUAAGCAUCGAUACUCUUGAGCGCGCGUAAAAUUGUCGCGCGAGAAUCGUUCGGCUCGUAAAGGGUUAAGGAAAUAAAAUUGAGUAUGAGUAGCCAUAGAUUAUUUGAAAUAAAGAGUGCUCCUUAUACAAAUCAAAGGGAAGUCUCACAUUGACAAGAAUGUGUUUGUCUAGGAGACUUCUGUAGGUUUAAUACUAGAUUAUUCACAUUCAUUUGUGACAGUAUUCUAAACUGAUAUCAUUUCAUAUAUAUAAACCAGUUUUAUUAGAUAAUAUAGUUUAAAUCGGGGCCUCGACAGUUUUAGCUUUGAAUGGCGAAUAUCAUUGAUACUUGUCAAAAAUUUUACAUUUAGUAUUAAUUACUUUGUAAGCUUUUUAGAGUGACAAUUACUCGUAAUAUUAGUGUUGUAAUAUUGCGAGUGUUGUGCGAAAUGACUGAUAAUUGUUUUAAGAGUUGCACUUAAUGUGUUUGAAUGAUUAAAUAAAUUUAUGUACUGUCUG